AUGGUUUGCCCAGUCUACGGGGGUGCUGACAGUCCAAGGAAGGGGGCGCCCACUUCGAAUUCAAGAAAGUCUUCCUGGGCUACGCUGGUCUCCCUGUCCUCCGUCUUGAUCUCAAGAGCCUUCUCCCAGGCGUCAGUGCGCCCCCCGAAGGCAGUUUUCAGGAAAACCUCGGCUGGGGAGCCCGGAAGCCCAGUCCCCCCAACCCCUCUCUCUCGCCCAUCCGGGCGGCCACCUCGGGGGCGAGGCAGCCAGGCGCGUAGGAGGGGACGGCGCGCCAUUGGCUUGUGCGCGGCACUGAGAGGAGGGACCAGUGCGGGCCGCCAGACUCGGCCCUUCUGCAGAGGCUGGGCUCAGGACAAGAUGGCGGCCAAGCAGCCCCCACCCCUGAUGAAGAAACACAGCCAGACGGACCUCGUGAGCCGCCUGAAGACUCGGAAGAUCCUCGGCGUGGGCGGGGAGGACGAUGACGGGGAGGUGCACCGUUCCAAGAUCAGCCAGGUCUUGGGCAAUGAAAUCAAAUUUGCAGUUCGGGAGCCUUUGGGGCUCAGGGUCUGGCAGUUGGUCUCCGCCAUUCUCUUCUCCGGCAUUGCCAUCAUGGCCCUCGCCUUCCCUGACCAGCUCUAUGAUGUAGUCUUUGAUGGAGCAGAGGUGACCAACAAGACCCCCAUCCGCCUCUAUGGUGGCGCCCUUCUCAGCAUCUCCCUGAUCAUGUGGAAUGCUCUGUACACGGCCGAGAAAGUCAUCAUCCGAUGGACUCUGCUCACUGAAGCCUGCUACUUUGGGAUCCAGUUCUUGGUGGUCACUGCCUCACUUGCCGAGACGGGUCACAUGUCCCUGGGGGUCCUGUCGCUCCUGGCCAGCCGCUUCCUCUUUGUCGCUGUCAGCAUUUACUACUAUUACCAAGUCGGCCGAAGAUCUAAGAAAGUCUAG